AUGUCGUCCCGCUUUGUUCGUCCCUCCAAAUACAGACACGUCUAUGGUACAGUCGGAAGACGUGAAGUUUGCUAUGAUAACGUCAAGGUCUCUGGCAAUGCCUGGGAUACCAACUUGAUCAAGGUCAAUCCUAAAUUCUUCGCCUUGAACUGGAACUCGAGUGGUGGUGGAGCCUUUGCCGUCAUUCCCUUGUCCAUGACUGGCAAGAUCCCGGAUGCCCUUCCUCUUUAUCGUGGCCAUUCUGCUGCCGUAUUGGACACCGACUUUUCACCAUUCAACGAUCACUUAAUCGCCUCUUGCGCUGAGGAUAGCAAAGUCUUCAUCUAUACCAUUCCCGAGGAGCUUGGAGAAGAGGAUAUUGAACCUGUUGUCCGAUUGACCACUCACGGACGCAAGGUUGGUCAGGUCUUAUUUAAUCCUGUAGCUGAAAACGUACUUCUGUCUGCUUCUACCGACUUGACCAUGAAGCUUUGGGACGUUGAGAAGGGUAUGGAGAAACAGGAGAUCACUGGACACUUGGAGAUCAUCCAGAGCGUUGCCUGGAACUACAACGGAACCUUGGUAGCAACCACCUGCCGUGACAAGAAGCUCCGCGUCUUUGAUGUUCGCAGUAAUAAGAUCAUUAUGCAAGGAGAUUCUCACUCAGGAAUUAAGGGCUCUCGUGCUGUCUGGAUGGGCGACACCGGCCGUAUCGCCACUACUGGAUUCUCCAAGAUGUCCGAUCGCCAGAUCAACAUCUGGGAUACCGCCAGUUUUGACCAGCCUCUGAGAUCAAACAACUUGGACACCUCCUCCGGUGUGAUUAUGCCCUUCUAUGAUAUUGACAGUAACAUGCUCUACCUCGCUGGCAAGGGUGACGGCAAUAUCCGUUAUUACGAGUACGAGAACGAUGAGCUGUACUCCCUCUCCGAGUUUGGAUCAAAUGUUCCCCAGCGUGGUCUUGGCUUUAUGCCCAAGCGUGCCUUGAACAUCAACGAUUGUGAAAUCGCUAGGGCUUACAAGGUUUCAAAUGGAAUGGUAGAACCCAUCAGCUUCACUGUUCCUCGCAAGUCGGAUUCCUUCCAAGCAGAUCUUUUCCCUGACUGUAUUGGCGACGAGCCCGCCUUGACUGCCGAUGCUUGGUUUGGUGGCGAGACUGCUAAUCCAAAGUUGAUCUCGCUCGAGAAGGGCUUCACCUCCUCUGUCAAGAAAGAGUUUGUGGCGAGUGCUGCUGCCCAGGCUGCUGAAACCAUUGUUGCAGCGCCCAAGACCGACAAGGACUACCAAGAAGCCUAUCACAAGCUGCGCCAAGAAAACGAAGAUCUGAAGAACCAGCUUGCACAGAAGGAUGUCAAGAUUCGCCUCUUGGAGGUCCAAUUGGAUCAGUUGACUGCAGCAUAA